UGCACACACUGUCAUCGUUGUUGUCGAAGUGUUGAUGUUUAUAUAAUAUCUCUUGCAUGUUGUGUCAAUAUGGUGCUGCUGGAAUUUCACAGAAUGCUGCAACAUGAUAAUGUCAUCACUGCAAACAUCAAUUGAGCGAAAUAGUUGCAAUGUCUGUAAUAUUGAUUUAUGCACGUUCGGAGUAUGUUCGUGCCUGUGUAUGACCAAAUUGUCUUUUGUCUUCGCAUACGUCUGUUCUGCAUACAUGUACAUGUGUUUGCGUGCGUGCGUGCGUGUGUGUGUGUGUGUGUGUAUGUGUGUGCUCUUGUAUCUCUCUGUAUAUGUCAUGUGUUUGCAGCUAAACGAAGUACGUUUUAUUUAAAUAUUCAAUCGAGAUUUUAAUCACCCUGAUGCCAACCCAAACAAGUAAAAGACGAACACUUCUACGAGAUCAGCCGGUUUGCUAGAAAUAGCAGCUAAAUCUCGUUCAUAUUGCACUCGACUAACUUUUUAUUUUUUAAAAAAGAAAGAGAACUGCUCGGAAAAAAAAUAACAGACUGGUCACGGCUGGAGCGUCAUUGGUUCUACUAGGACUAAUUCGUUAGUAAAUGCUAACAUCUUAGAUCUAAACAUCAACAAACAUUGAAUACAAAACUCAAGUGUACCGUACUAUAUCCGCCUCCUCCCUUACUCCACCACCAAACAAACUAGAUUAAUUUGUUUUUGUUGUUGUUGUCGUUGUCGAGCCAACACACAUGCACAGACAGAAACAUAGAAUGCCAUUUAGUAUUAUCACACACAACCACUGACUUCCCUAUCAAACAGUUUAACAGGCGAAAUACUUGCGGCAGACAGUCACUGUUGUUGGAAAUAUACAUCGUCUGCACAAGAUGCGGCCGGAUCGUGCUAAUGUGUACAUUCCUGACUUUUCGAAAAUAUCUGCCAGAACAUGCGAGUUUCUCUAUCCAGAGGAGUAACUGUUAGCAAUCAUGGAUCACUUUAGCAGACACUUCAUGAGAUGGUUGCUCCUUCUAUUACUAUUACCAUGGACCAAUUGCAUCUCUUUCAGUCGUGUUACUCCAGAAAACCCAUAUGUGUAUAUUGGAAAUACUCUGGAGCUGAAUUGUACCAUUUCUGGCCUGGGUCUGGGCAAAGUGUCACAGAUGUAUUUCACUCACAACACCACCACAAUGGUCUCCAAAGAAUUCACUCGUGCUCUUGAUAUCAGCACACUUCAGCUUAAUAUGAACAUUUCUUCACCCAGAGAUGCUGGCAAAUACACAUGUCUUAUGUCAGCCAAGCCACCACUUUUCACAACUCAUAUAUCACCUCCUCAUGUCAUUGGAUCACAAUUCGUAGAAGUGGAGUAUGAGGUUCAAAGUGUGGAAGACAUUGACUGUCGAGUUUACAAUUGGGAGAAAAUGACCUGUACUUGGGACCUUGGAACCAGAUAUUUGCACAUGGACAGCAUGAAUGUCACAUUAGGCUGGACAAUAAGCAAGCGUCAGUACAACUGUCGCCACCAGACACCAACCUCGUGUACAUGGUACCUUAAUAAAGAUGCCAAUUCUUUCCAACCAGACAAGAAUUAUCGAAUGCAGAUUACUGUCCGCAACAGGAGAACAAGAGACUUCAAAAAGUCUAAGAUCUUCUACAUUUAUUCUGCAUUAAUUGUAAAACCAGCUAAACUGCACAGCAUCAAGUGCCAACCAUAUAACAGUAGUUGUACCAACUUAUCAUGGAACCAUACUCAUCCACUGAAAUGCAGAGUUCGUUACCACUCACAGUGGGAUCCUUCCAAUAUUUGGGAGGAAAAGGAUGUAAGAAGAAAAUCGUUUCUUCUUUGUGGUCUGACUCCUUACACAAUGUACAAUUUCAGUAUAUCUUGCCUGCCUCAGCUCACAGACACUAAUAAACCAUUCUGGAGUGACAAAACCAAGAUAACUUUCAAAACACCAUCAGAAGUUCCUGAGAAAGCACCCGCUAUACCCGGUACCUAUUUCAGAAUGGCCCAACAGACGAACAAACACUGUUCUCAAGUUAUACUGUAUUGGAAAAAAGUUCCUCUUCGAUUUCAAUAUGGUAAACCUCAAGGCUUCUUGAUUCAGUACCGGCCAAAGCAUGAGAACUGGAUGGAAGUAGAAGUGAGACAAGGACUUGCCUCUGCAAUGAUUUGCCUCAGAGCUGAUAAAGCCUAUGAAUUACGUCUUUAUGCCAGAAAUGACGUUAAUUUCUCUACAGGAUACUCAACUCUGUUCAUUGAAACUGUUGAUGGAAGACCUGGACAACCCGUAAAUUUCACUGCUGAAACUCUACCAAUUAAAGGGACAAGUUUAUAUAAUUUAACAUUGAGCUGGGGAAGGCCAUCAAUAGAUGUAAAAGGACUCAAAUCUUGGAGAUACUUGCUCAUGUGGUGCCAUAAGUCAUCAAACAUUAUUUAUAACUGUGAAGACGAUCCACAAUGGAUUCAUUUACCAAAUUCCACACUUGAACAUUCCAUGAAGGUUAAAGGUCGUUUUAUGAAGAAUUUAAUCUUUGGACUUGCAACCAAAGCCACGUUUGCAGAUGUAGAACCAAGACUAGAAGACGGUAGUAGAACUGAUUAUGGGAAGAAUAUUAGCAGUAGCUUGGUUUGGGCUCCGUGCAUAUUCAGAAAAGACUGGAAACCUCUUGAAGCUCCUUCAGGCAUGAACUUUGGUGAUAUCACAGAUAAAUCUUUACUGAUAAACUGGGACGCAAUGAAAUGUGAAGAAUCUCCAACUCAGAUUAUUGAGUAUCUCAUUCAUUAUUGCCCUAUAAACUCUUCGAAAACUUGUCAUGGUCCUGCUAGUGUGGCCCAUGUCAGAGGCAAUGAUACCAGUUACAUCCUAACGGAUCUUACCCCUGGGCUUCAGUAUCGAGUCUGGAUGCAAGCUGUGUCUCCUGCUGGCGAAGGGCCAGUGAGUUUACCCAUAUUCAGCGUGGUUGUUAACGACAAGCUCACUUCUGAAGCUAUUGCUGCCAUCAUUAUCUCAAUCAUUAUCUUAAUCUGCCUCAUUCUCAGCUGCAUAUGUGCAGUCAGAAAACUAGUGCCAUGCCGCCGUAAAUAUAAUGGUAUUGAAAUUGACUGUCGUAUUGAUAACCUGCCGAGUUUGCCAGACGAGCCACUCUAUUAUGAUGAUGAAUUUGAUCGAAAAUCUUUACGACGUCAUCUCCCUUCAACCAAGAGUUAUGAUUCAGAUGACCGCUGUUCAGUUCACACACAGAACUCACCUACAGCUGAAACACCACUAAUUACUGAACCAAAGAAACGUAAUAAAACCAAUAAAGCACACAGUCCAAAACUAUCUCGUAACCAGCAACCUUCCAUCAUGGAAAAAAGAACAUCAGCAACUUGGUCACCACGCAGUAGUACCAACUUGGAAGGCCUCCCAAUGGAAAUUUACCUUGACGGUUCUCGUAGUUCCCCCGUAACACUCAGCAAACCAAUUCGUACAAGACAGAUGCCUGUUUUUAAUGUUGGUGAUUCUCAGUGUCCCGUCGGACAUCAACAACCGUCAUUACUCGACACCCAUUACAUGCCGGGUGAGGAUUUGGGACUUGUUCAGGACAGCAUAGAAACCAUUCAUCCCAUUAAACCACUCAAUGAUGGCUAUUCCUAUGUUAUUCCGGAUACUAAUUCCUAUUCAGGAUGGACAAGCCAUUCAUCUCUCGACACCCCGUCUAAUGGACAUAAUAAUGGUGCUGGAAGCAAUGGCAAUCUUUUGUAUUCACUCAAUGGUUUGAGUUCAACAACAAUUGACAGUCAAGGCGAAACUGUGUCCAGCCAUUACAAUUCUUCUCCUUACCAUAUGUCACCACCUAAACAACAAGAUCUGUAUUUUUCUUCUCAAAGCUCAAUAGAUAACAUUGGACAUCAGAGUAACAAAGUGAGUCUUCUUGAUCUACAAGACCUUGAAGAAGAGUGUGAACCAGUCACUACUAAUGGUGACUUCCAUUUCAAUAACAUACAGAAUCCAGUGCCUGGUAAUACUGAUGUGUACCCGCCAUCCAGAGGUAGACAACGCAGUAAUGAUAAAUUAUCAAAAGAGCCAGAUGCUCAUUCAAAGUUUGAGCCUUUGUCCAAACUUGAUGAACAGAUUUUGCUUAAAGAAGGUGGGGAUUGCAUUGCACUGAAAACAUACAAAACUAAUGCCAACUGCAAGAAUGAUCCUGCUUUGGUGAAAGUGAGACUUCCAGAAGAGAGAAAUGGAGAACUGCCUCCAAUGUUACAUCGCUUCAUGGCACACCAUGAAUUAAUUCCUUACCAUUCCACAGCGCUUCCAAUGCAAGGAAACUCUGAACCCCCUCCACAUUUUGUCAAAGAUCUUAUAAAACAAUCUGAGGACGUUAAAAAUGAUGGCUCAGACUAUUUCAUAAGAGAUAGGAACACUUCUUGUGAUAAUAACAGUAAAAAAAAAAGUUACAGCCCUAAAAAGAAGAAUUCUGGUGGUGCCAAUCACAGUAGUUUUGGCAACAAGGGCAAUAAAAGUAAUAGUGUACAUUCAAAAAAACCUGACAACCCUCACAGCAUUCGAAAGAGGCCUGAUCGCAAAGCACUUCCUUCUUCGAAAGAAAAAUCAAAUGAACUAAAAACUUUUGCUUCUGCACGGACUACUGAUGCACCCACAUUACCUGAGGAACUCCCCGCUCAUUAUUUUAGGGACCCAGAAAUCACUCCUGACCUUCCUACAACAGACCUCUAAUAUCUUCCCCCACCAACUUUUCUUUUCUUUUCUUUUUUUUUUCGUCAAAUAAAAAAUAUUAUUUGUCAAAUAUUUGCUGAUGGAUUUCCUGUCCAUUUCUCUCCACUGUAAUUUUACUUAUUCAGAGAUUAUGUACAGACUUUAAUUAUUGUAUUAUUAUUAUUACAACAUGUCAUGUCAUCCAGGAAAAAUCCAUUGUUCAGACAACACCAUAUAACAGAACAGUAAGUAUUAUCGAGUGUAAAUAUACAAUAUUUGUAUAUCACUUCUGAAGAAACUGUGAUAUCAAUACUUGUGAGGUACAUUAUGAGGUACUUAACAUUGAUAACAUUGUGAAGUACUUAAGUUUGGUAUAUCAGACUGUAAGGUACAUAACGUUGGUACACUAUUGUGAGGUACUUAACAGUGGUAAUUACCUUGUGAGGCACUUAACAUUUGUAUAUUACAUUAGUACAAUACAUUAUGAGGUUGUGAGGUACAUAGCUUUGGGAUAUUGCAUUACGAGGUACUUAACUUUGGUACAUUACAUUGUGAAAUACAUUAAAUUGGUACAUUUUAUUGUGAAGUACACUACAUUGCUAUUUUACAGUGUGAGGUACAUUACAUUGGUACACUAUAUUGUGAGGUACUUAACAUUAGUGUAUUACAUUGUGAGGUACUUAACAUUAGUACAUUAUGUUGUAAGGUACAUUACAUUGUGAGGCUGUGAGGUACAUUAACAUUGGUAUAUUACAUUGUGAGGUAGAUGAUAUUGUUAAGUAGCAUUAGUACACUACAUUGUGAGAUAUAUAACAUUAGUACAGUGCUACUUUACAUAGUGAGGUACAUUACAUAGAUACAUUACACUGGUACAUUGGUAUUUUACUUUGUGAAAUUUAUAUAACAUUGUUACAUAAUCUAUAAAAAAGAUUAUAUUGAAAAACUGCUGCAAAAUAUAAUAAUAAAAAUAUUAACAUUUUCCAAUUUUUCUAAUGUAACAUGUGGCUAAUUUAUGAAUGAACUUGGUGCAGUGGUUGUGUGGUUUAGAAGUUUGCUUCGGAACCAUAAGGUUUGGUCCAAUUUUGUGGCAGUUUAGGAAAGUGUCUUCUGACAAAGCCUUGGAUUAAACAAUGCCUCGUGAGUGAAAUUUGGAAGACAGAAACUGUAGCAGCCCUUGAUGUAUGUAUUUUGUAUAAAUGGAUUUAAAUACUAUGCCAUAUCUGAAUCCAUAAGGGGGAAGCAUCUCUCUAAAGGGACGUAACUCUGAUAAAUCUUAGCUUUUUUUUUUUUUUUUUUUGCUAAAUGGAAAUUGGUAAAAAUGUGUACCAGGCUUAAAUACUGCAAGUCAAUGUAAUUAAUUAAAAUGUUUGAAGGUGAUGCUCUAGCAUGGCCACAGUCCGGUGACUGAAGCCAGUAAGAGAAAAGAAAAGAAUGAUAUCAGGUCAGAAUAAUUCUAAUGUAAAUAUAUCUCAAGAGAGCCCUCAAAGCAUCCAAAAUAAAUCAAAAUAUUAGCAGAG